CCUUGUGGGGAGACAUUGUUCUAACAUUUCUGAAUUUCUGAGAUUAUUUCAAGAUAUAGAUUUCAACUCUAUGAGAUUUGUUAACAUGAGAUUCCUUUUGUCCCCUUACCUUAGAGAUGCCAAGGAAUUGUGCAGAACUUGUUCCCUUUUCCCAGCGAGACCCAAGCCUUUCUUUUAGCCAUCUAACUAGUCUUCACAUGCGCACGAGGGAUUACACAAUGAGCUAUGACAUUUUUUUAGAAAUUAUUUGCCAAAAUAUUUGUGGGAAGAGAUUCCUUGUGGGAGACAUUGCACUAACAUUGAUGAUUUUAUAUUGUUUAGAUCCAAAUUUUGAUUAGUUAGCACUCUUUGAUAUCUUUUUGAGAUAAGAUUCCUUGCCUCUUCAAUAAUUUCUCAUUAUAUAUAGUUAGCAUGUAGAAAUGGAAGAAAGGCAGAUCCACAAGCUCAAUUCUACCUUCAGUCUUCUCAACUCUUCUCUUCUCUUGAAAAUGGCAGCCUCUUUCCAUGCUCGCUCAAACAGCUUGCCCUCUAGACCACACCCAAUCAUUCUGCAAUGCAAUGAACACUUGGAAAGGUUAAGAUCUUCCAGUGAAACCUCUUCUUCAUCUUCAUUAAGCCAUAAACUAGGAGCCUUGCAGGAUCUUCAUGAAUGUGUUGAAAAAUUGGUCCAGCUUCCUCUCACCCAAGAAGCCCUUCUCCAUGAACCUCAAGAAGAGCUUUUGGAUGGAUCUUUGAGACUCCUAGAUGUGUGCACAGCAGCCAAAGAUUCUCUAUUGCAUACAAAGGAAUGUAUGAGAGAACUUCAAUCAAUUAUCAGAAGAAAAAGGGGUGAAGAAUUGGGCAUCACAGCAGAGGCUAAAAAGUUCUUAACUUCUAGGAAAGUGGUAAAAAAGGCCAUCUUCAAAGCCUUAAGGGAUUUGAAGUCUAUUUCCAAAAAGGGAAACAUCAAAGCCCAGCAAAGUGUGGCCUUGGUUAUCCUUUUAAAAGAUGUUGAAGUAGCCACUCUUUCCACAUUUGAGUCAUUGUUGAAUUUUAUCUCUGGAUCAUCAACACAAGCUAAACCAAGAAGCUGGUCUUUGGUUUCCAAGUUAAUCCACACCAAAAGAAUAGGCUGCGAACAAGUUGCAGAUGAAAAUGAAUUUUCACAAGUGGAUGCAGCAUUGCAGUCCUCUGUACUUGAAAUGACCAACAAAUCAGACAGCACCAAUAAUCUGCAAAACCACUUGGAGAAGCUAGAGUUACGCAUUCAAGACCUUGAAGAAGGGCUUGAGUUUCUAUUCAGACGUUUGAUUAAAAUCAGAGUUUCCCUUCUCAACAUCCUUACAAACUAGUUGAGUAGAUCAAUGGCAACAAAUUUUUGUAGUGGCAUAGAUAGUCUUUUAUCGAGAAAUCAUAAUGUAAACAUCUCGCAAUAGUAAAUUGAAACAUUUUACUCAAA